GUAGCUCGUGCAGAGUGUUUAGUCACGAUAAACACAAUUCUAAACAGCCACCGGGAGUAAAAUACUCGGUUUAAAGGGUGUAGGGAACAAGUAAACAAUGAGUUUAUCACUUCGCCUGGGAAGUUGUUUACGUUACCAAGGUAACACAUGGCGGAAGUGAUGUCAGACUGUGACGUCUUCCGGAAAGCUGAACAUUCUGUAACGUGUUUGUGAGUUGUUGACUUCUGAGGGUUAGGAUGCAGUGUGUGCGCGUGGCGAUGAUGUGUGCAGCAUCCAGAUGUGUCCCGAACAUCUGCAGGGCCGUGGUGUCGUGUCGAGCCCCUGGGAAACCGCAGUCCCUUAGCCUGAGCCGGUGUGUGUGUUCGGGUUCAUCCGUGAGGAAGUGCUGGUGUUGUGGUUCCUCUGCUCAGCUGUUCUUCUGCUCCUCCUGUAACAGCAUACAGCCUCCUCAUGAACAAGCCACUUAUUUUGAGAUUUUAAACUGUGAUCAAACGUUUUCCCUGGACACUCAGAAGCUUCAGGGAAAAUACAUCGAGCUUCAGAGAUCUCUGCAUCCUGACAACUUCACCCAGAAAUCACAGACGGAACAGAAAUAUUCCGAAGAGCAAUCGGCCUUGGUAAACAGGGCCUACAGGACUCUACAGAAACCGGUCACACGGAGCGUCUAUUUGAUGCAGUUACGAGGAGUCGAGCUGGAAUCAGGCACGGACUCCGUAGCAGAUCCAGCGUUGCUGUUAAAGGUCAUGGAGGUCAACGAGAAGCUGGCAGGAACCCAGAGUGUCGACGAGGUCAAUACUGUAGGCCAGGAAGUACAAGAGACACUGAAAACCCUGAAUGAACAGAUAAAUGCGGCACUAAACAAAGGAGACCUGCGGUCAGCCAGAGAGAUCCUGGGCCGAAUGAAAUACUUCGCUAAUCUGGAAGAGAAGGUGAAGGAGAAACUAAGGGAGAACAUGUGACGUGGAGGGAGAGGAGGAGACGGACUGUUAAAACACUGUCCUUAUACAUGCUGCAGUUUUAAAUUAUCUGUUCCUUCGAGAUGUGAAAUGGUUUUGAGUGUAAAUAUGUGAUGAAUUAAAAUGUAUUUUUAAAAUCA